AUGAUGAAAAAACAACUAGCGCUCGUAAUGAUCUUAGUAAUUGUUUUCCUUGUUAGCUUGGACGUUACGCAAGUUGAAGCCAUGAGGCCUUUCCCGGAGGCUGUCGAUGAGAUCAAACUACUGUUUCAGACGCUGCAAAGAGGUCCGGUCAGUGGCUCUGGUCGGAACGGUUGCACUAAUAUUCCUCACGGUUCAGGGAAGUGCCGCAACGGCUAAAAGCUGUCAUACAAAUCUCCUUGGUCUUCAUCAUUAUUUGAUUCUUUUUUUUUUCACUUGUUUUGCGUACAUAAUUGCAUACAUGUAAUUAUAGAUAGCUUUAGAAUUUGUCUCACAACAUCUUGUAUUCUAAUCUACGGAAGCUUAACGAGAAGCCACAUUUUUAGAAACAAA